GAAUAAAACUGGCAACGCUGUUGAUCAGCUGGUCUCGGUGGUUAAUCAAAACAAAUUUCACAUAAAUUUACCAUAUUUAUAACAAUAAAACAAUAAAUAAUUGAAAGAACAUGUCUGAGGAAAUUGUUUUCGAUUGUCUACACGCUGAGAUAGUCAACUACUGUCUGGACAAUAAUAAGAAGCACGAUCUGGGUAUCUUGGAGUACAUCGGUUUCACAACCGGUUAUCGUCUAAUUGAGCGCCUCACGCGCGAAGUGCCAAGGUUCAAGGAUGAACUGGAAACUAUGAAAUUUAUCUGCACAGAUUUCUGGACUCUAAUCUACAAAAAGCAAGUGGACAACCUGAGAACAAACAACAAUGGAAUGUAUGUUGUCCAGGACAAGGCAUUCCGUUUCCUAACACGCAUCUCACCGGGCACUCAACAACUGGAGCACGCCCCCAAAUUCGUGGCAUUCACCUGUGGCCUGGUGCGUGGAGCUUUAAGUAAUCUGGGCAUUAAUAGUACCGUCACAGCGGAGGUUCAAAGCAUUCCAGCCUGCAAAUUUCAUAUAGAAGUCAAUAGAAACUAAUUUUAUUACAAA